AUGGUAACAUAUCUAUUGUUUAGUUUAAUUAGCACUGCUACGGCUUCUAGGCACAACAGGUUAAGAUUAGGAAUUUCUUGUUGUUUAAUUUGGGCACGAACAAGAAUAAUAGAAACAGGCAAUAUCGACGACCAUAUCCUUCUGAAACAACUUCGAGCAAAAACGCGCUAUUUAGUAAAAAGAAGCAAAGAAAAUUCAUGGAAGUUGUUUACAUCAACCAUAGGACCCAAAAGCGACCCAAGCCUAGUUUGGUCUAAAGUCAGAUCCUUGCGUGGUCUCAGCAAGGAAAAAGAACUCCACAUUAUAAAAGAUAACACCCUUCACACCAACCCGACCGAGGUUGCUAACCUCAUCGGAAAUAUUUUCUAUGCAAACAGCUCUGACACCAACUAUGAUGAGUCAUUUAUAAAUAUGAACAACAUAAUUGACUCCCACGAACUUCAUUCCAAAAUUAACCCUACAGACCAGGAACAAAAAUAUUUAAACUCCCCAAUCAGCUUAAACGAAUUAAACUGGGUCAUAACCAAUAGUUCCAGUCUCUCCCCCGGUCCCGACGAAAUUCCAUAUAUCUUCAUACACAAUUUGCCUCUGUCAGCAAUCCAGUUCAUGCUUCGCUUAUUCAACAAAAUUUGGGACAACGGACAAAUCCCUAAGCUUUGGAAACAUGCUUAUGUUAUCCCAAUUUUAAAGCCCGAAAAGAAUAAAUUUGACUCAAAUAGCUAUAGGCCAAUAUCCUUGUUAAAUACAAUGUGCAAAAUACUCGAGAAGAUCAUAGACACACGAUUGAGAUGGUUCCUUGAAAAAAUCAACUAUCUCUCCCCACACCAAAACGGCCUAGUAGCACUAGAUUUAGCAAAAGCAUAUGACACCACAUGGCGUCCACGCAUAACACAAAAACUACACAAAAUACUGUGCGAAGGUAACAUGCUCAACUUUAUUAAAAACUUUUUAUCAGACAGAACCUUCCAGGUUAAAGUCAAUGGCCACCUCUCUCAGGUAUUCAAACAAGAAAAUGGUGUGCCUCAGGGCUCCACUCUAUCCGUCUCAUUAUUUCUAGUUGCAAUCAACGACCUUUGUGAAGAAAUCAAAUUCCCCGUGAAAUCAUCACUUUUCGCAGAUGACUUAAACAUAUGGUGCUGCGGUAAAAACACCCAAAAUAUACAACCCGUAUUACAAGACGCACUCUUAUCUCUAGAAAAAUGGUCAUCAAAAUCCGGUUACCGUUUCUCCGCCCCAAAAUCUCAGAGCAUCAUUUUCACCCUUCAAAAAAAAUACCAGACAUUAAACAUAAAAAUAAACAAUACCCCUAUACACAACACAAGACUUUUAAAAAUAUUAGGAAUCGUAUUCGACACAAGAAAUAAUUGGUGCGCCCACCUGAAAGAACUUAGAAAAACAACAAUAACAAGAAUAAACAUCCUCAAGAUGUUGGCCCACACAUCUUGGGGCGCAAAUUCGUCCUCACUCAAAAUGAUAUACAAAUCCCUCAUACUUUCAAAACUAGAAUAUGGGUCCUUCCUCUUCAUAAAUGCGAGUUCUUCGAACUUAAAAAUGAUCGAAACAGUGCACAAUUCGGGCCUAAGAUUAGUCUCUGGAGCAUUUCGUUCGAGCCCAAUCCCCAGCCUACUUAACAUUACUCAAACCCCCCCCCAUUUGCCUAAUAAGGAAAAAGAAUGCCAUGCUUCUAGCCGCCAGGCGUACACAAAACAACCUCCCCAUACAUCAAGACAUGAAUGUCCCCUCACUCCCCCGUGGAUCAUGGAUUUCAAUAUAAACACCACAUUAUCCUCACUCCCCAAAACCGAUACUUUGCCCAGCAUAUACAGAAAAGAAUUUCUUUCAAUCUCGGAAAAUCACCAAGAGCAUACUAAGUUUUUCACCGACGGUUCUAAAACAAACUUGGGUGUAGGAGCAGCAGUGGUAUAUAACGAAACAAAACAAAUGUUCAAGCUACCAGAUUUCUGCUCAGUCUUUACAGCCGAAGCAACUGCGAUGUCCCUAGCUCUCGACAUAAUAUAUGAAAAUAGAAUGAAUAAAGCCAUAAUCUUUAGCGACUCUCUCAGCACCUUAACCAGUAUCCUAAAUAUCCACCAACCCAACAGUAUAUCCGGAAAAAUCCACAACCAGAUACACCGCCUCAAAUCCAAUACACAGACCAUCAUUUUCUGUUGGGUUCCUAGCCACGUCGGAAUCCGAGGUAAUGAAUUGGCCGAUACUUUUGCCAAAGAAGCCAUCUCCUCCCACCUCUCCCGACAAAUCCACACCUGUACUUUUCAGGACCUCAAAACUACCAUCGACAACCACAUUCUAGCCCAAUGGCAGAUCCUAUGGUCAACUCUACACACCAAGCUCAAUAAAAUAAAGCCCACAGUCUCCCCAUGGCCAUCCUUCUUAUUACCUAGACGCCAGGAAGUAAUAUUAAACAGACUUCGGAUAGGCCACACAUGGGUGACUCACAAACAUCUUAUGGACAGAUCCGAACCCGAACAAUGCCAAACUUGCGGUGAAACCUCCACGGUUGAACACAUAAUAUGUCACUGCCGUAAAUUCGCCGACAUCAGAAUUAACCUCAACAUAUCAGACAACCUGGAAGAAGCCCUUAGCCCACAGUCUAUCAACAUAAAGCAAAUAAUUAACUUUUUAAAAUUAACGGGAUUAUAUCACUUAAUAUAA